AUGGCGAGCGCACCCUCUGCGACUGUCGACCGUGAGCUGAGCUGCCCCAUCUGCCUGGCCACGUUUGACUGCCCCGUCAUACUCGACUGUGGGCACGCGUCCUGUCCCGAGUGUCUGGAGGACUGCUGGAAGCAAGGCAGUCGCUUCAGCUGCCCACAGUGCCCAGGAGUUCUCUCUGAGCGACCGCAACGUAAGCAGAACGUGGAGCUCACCAACCUGGCGGGCAAGCUCAGAGUUGGAGAUGAAGUGGCCUUCACUGCCGAGCGCAAUGCCCUCGAUGACCCCAAGGCUCCUGCAGUGAAGAACUGUCCGAAACGUGAGAAGCCAUCUUCUGUGAUGCCCCUAAAGCCCCACGCAGAGACUCGCAAGUUGACGAAGCAGAUGCCUCCCAUCGUGAGCUCGGAUCAGCGAAGAUGCAAGAAGCAUGAGCAGGAGUUCGAAUUCUACUGCAAGAAGGAAGUGUGCCUGGUCUGCAAAACCUGCACUGUCACCUGUAAACGUUCAAAGCACGUUGUCAAGACGUUGGAGGAUGAGCAUAGGAUACGGAAGGUUCCGCCCCCGCUCACCUCGCAUCCGAUUGGGCCCGAGGAGCGAGUCAGAGGGGAGACGCGAGCGGUGGAUAAGAAGAGGAAGAAGGCGGAGGCGUCACUUGGACGGAAUGAAGCUGCUCGCAAGGACGUGCAGGAGUCCAUUGCCCAAACCAAGGCUCGCAUCUCAGGCAAUUUCGCCCUCAUGAGGGCGACGCUGGAUGAGGAUGAGAGGACGGCUCUGGAUCGUGUGGACACGAAGGGCUGCCGGCUACUCUCCCAGAUCGACAAGAACAUCGCUCAUUACGAGCGCGAGGUCCGCGAGCUCCAGGCAGCGGCCACGUGCCUGGAGGCUCUGGAGGAGGAAAUGGACUCGCUCGCAUUCCUCAAGAUUCACCUGGAGAAAAGCAGGACAGAGGGCUCCAAGGGAGCUCCGACCUCAUCUCCCAGCCCAGAAGACAUUGCCGCGAUCAGUGCUCUGCAGGGAGUCGUCGUGAAACUGCUGGCGUUUAUGUAUGGACGCUCACCAACUCUGGACCCAAACUCAGCCCACAAUGACCUCCAGAUUUCGUCAGAUCUCAGGACGGUUACCCUAACCCCCGUCUCGCAGCGUCGCCCUAAACACCCACACCGCUUUGAUUCGUAUGCCCAAGCCCUGUGCUCCGAGAGCUUCUCGUCGGGUCAGCACUACUGGGAGGUGAAUGUGGAAGGCUUAGAUUACUUUGAGAUUGGAGUCGCGUAUGGGACAAUACCACGGAAGGGGAUCGGAGUUUCUAGCUUGGGUAAGAACGACUCAUCCUGGGUUUUGUGUAAACAUGAACACACCUGCUCAGUGGUCCAUGAUGGGUUAGUGACCUCAUUGCUAGUCAGGGAUCCUCCCCAGAGAGUUGGGAUUCACCUGCACUGGGAGGCAGGGCUCCUGUCCUUUUAUGAUGCGCGCACAAUGGAACUGCUACACUCGGUUGAGCACACGUUCACUGGGGCUCUCUACCCAGCGCUGUAUUUAGAUGACGAUUAUCGUGACACUAUGACGAUUCUGGAUCUGAGUUGCGCGUCACGUGAGUACUUUGUGUGAAUAACACAGAUAACAUACACAGCACACACACACAUCACACAGACACAUAUACAACAACAGCCGCCAUUCACAAUUAAAUGGUGGUCAUGUGCCACGCUAGGUGUAAUUUGAGGCCAUGUGAAAUGUGGAUGGCUCGCUGCUGGUUGGAGAUCACAGAACAGACCCAGGUG